UUCUUCUGACAUCUCUAAUACACAUUUCCGGCAAAAGUUUCACGUUAGUUUUCGCUAGCUAAAGGCAUCAUGCGAGAAAACGAAAACUUUUGUACGUGUGCAAACUAUGACAACAAGAACUACAAGUAUUAUAAAGUCACAAAUAACACAAUGCACUGGACAUACUGAACAACUUUCACUGCAGGACCAACUUCUACUCUGCAACCGCGAAACAAAAACCACCUUUUCCAUACAUUUCCUUUGAGUACGUUGUUAACUUCAGUAUGAAACAGCUGUUUUAUUACGCAAUUUCAGUGCCAGUUCUAUUACCAGGUAGCCGAUAUGACCCAUUGUGUUUCACUGAUAAAAUUCAGCCCUAUGUAUAUCCCAGCGCAUCAAUAUUCAAAGGGAGCCACGUAAUGCGUACAUUUAUCUACUCCCGUGAUGGAUGGCUAACAUAACUCUUGACCCAGCUAGGUAUCUUAGAUGGCUUUCGGUGUAUACCAUAAUCUGGAAUUUAUUCAUGAAACAGGGUGACAUCAGUUCGGGAAUACCUCCCUACCAAAUGUUUAGGUACAAAUAACUAUGACUUCCAGAAUCAAUUAUUUACUACUUAAAUGCUUACUUACCUACAUUUAUCUAACUUACCGCAAAACCGGACCGGACAUACAAAGACGAUUCGUACUUUAUAACUACAAUUUGAGCCCAAUUCUUUCCUUUUCCAGAUGUCAAACGAAGGCAGGGCCCGUGUCCAGCAAAACGACCUUCUUCUCCAUGAGGCAGUUAUCAAGAACGAGCCAGAAGCAGUGAGGGAAGCCCUGAGGAGGCCCACCGACGUCAACUGUAGAAACAACUAUGGCCGGGCUCCUAUUCACUGGGCGGCCAGUCGGGGAAACGUAGAAAUUGUCAACUUGCUCAUUGAAGCCAAUUGUGACAUUGAAGCUGCUGAUAAGUUUGGAAUGAGGCCGCUGCUCAUGGCGGCGUGGCACGGCCACCUCGCGACUGUGAAGACAUUGGUAGACGCGGGCGCGUGUUUAGCAGCUACCAACAAGAAACACAACGACUUGCUGCAAUGUGCUUGUGCGCGGGGCUCUCUGGACGUGGCAGAGUUCGCGUUGUCCCUGGGGGCCAACCUCCAGGGCUCCGAUGCGUCUGGAGAUAGCCCCCUGGCCCUGGCGGCCAGAGGGGGGCACACGGCUGUGGUGGAAGUACUCAUCGAUAAGGGCGCCGAUAUUGAUGCUGUUAAUAAGGCGGGUCGCACGGCUCUGCACGUCGCGUGCGAGGGCGGGCACUGCGCGACCGCUGCUCUCCUGGUAUCUCGGGGCGCCACCAGAGAGUCUCGCGACUACUCGGGCCGCACGCCCCUGCAUCUGGCCGCGGUCCAUAGACACACUGAGCUGGUCAAACAACUGUUGGAAAACGGAUGCGAUGUGGAUGCUUCUGAUAGCAACGGCGUGACGGCGCUGCAGAUGGCGUGCGCGCAGGGCUGCCGCGGCAUCGCCGAGCACCUGCUGGCUCAGGGGGCCAACGUGCACUUGCAGAACAGCGUGGGUUCCUCUGCCCUGCACGCGGCGUGCGCGGCCGACGCCACCGACAUCGUGGAGCUGCUGCUGUCCCGCGGCGCCGACCCCGCGCUCACAGACCAGUGGUCGCAGUCGGCCGUGAGCGUGGCGGGAGGCGCGGCUGAACCCCCGCCUGAAGGCUUCAGGAGGGCGGCGAGAGGUUCCUUUUCCGCCAUCUUGGAUAUUCUGACAGCUACCACGCACCUCGAACCUCAUGCUCAGGACAACCCAGAAAGGUCGCCAUCCCCGCGCAAUGAAGAGCCGAAGUCUGGCACCCACACCCCCAGCCCGGCUAAUGAAGGCGACAGUGAGAGGUGAUGGUCGGCGUCCACGCUGCUGGACCGCCUCGCGCAGCGCGGCUUCGCGGCGGACACGCGGCUUGCCCUGCCGCCCACAGGUUGCGCGCGGUACCGCGAGCUCUGCUACCGGGCCUCCCACGCCGGCGCCGCCCCGCCCCCCGCGCCCGCCGCCUGCGCCUGCGUCAACUGUUCCUCGCGACGAGCCUCGGUACAGGAGCCCUGACC